UUCGAAGCUUCGUUAUUUGUGAAAUACAAGCGAAGUGAUAAGUCGAGUGCGGUUCGCUGCGAAAUUUAACCACGUGUUGUACUAAUUCAAACCACGCAUUAUCGUUAUAAAUUACUGUGAAGCAGAAGUAAUCCUCAUAGUUUGUGAAGACAAGUGUGUUUUAAGACGAUCAUGCCGGAAAAGAUGGAGACCCAAUCGGGCGAGGUGGAGACCUUUGCCUUUCAGGCGGAGAUCGCCCAACUUAUGUCAUUGAUCAUCAACACCUUUUACUCCAACAAAGAAAUCUUCCUUCGUGAGUUAAUUUCGAAUUCAUCAGAUGCCUUAGACAAAAUCCGAUACGAGUCUUUGACCGACCCGUCAAAAUUGGACAGCGGUAAGGAAUUGUACAUAAAGAUUAUUCCCAACAAGAGCGAGGGCACAUUGACCAUCAUCGACACUGGUAUUGGUAUGACCAAGGCAGAUCUAGUCAACAACCUGGGUACUAUUGCUAAAUCGGGUACAAAGGCGUUCAUGGAAGCUCUACAGGCCGGUGCUGAUAUAAGUAUGAUUGGUCAGUUCGGUGUAGGUUUCUACUCGUGUUAUUUGGUCGCUGACCGCGUGACCGUACAUUCCAAGCACAAUGAUGAUGAGCAGUACGUGUGGGAGUCUUCAGCGGGCGGUUCUUUCACAGUCCGAGCCGACACUUCGGAGCCACUUGGUCGUGGUACUAAAAUCGUUCUCCACGUUAAAGAGGACCUAGCAGAGUUCAUGGAAGAAAAUAAAAUCAAAGAGGUAGUCAAGAAACAUUCUCAAUUUAUUGGUUAUCCGAUCAAACUUGUCGUUGAAAAGGAGCGUGAGAAGGAACUGUCGGACGAUGAAGCAGAGGAGGAGAAGAAAGAGGAUGAAAACGAUGAUGAGAAACCGAAGAUUGAGGAUGUAGGUGAAGAUGGUGAAGAAGACAACAAAGACAAGAAAAAGAAGAAGAAAACUAUCAAGGAGAAGUACUCAGAGGAUGAGGAAUUAAACAAAACAAAGCCUAUCUGGACCCGCAAUGCUGAUGACAUUACACAGGAAGAGUAUGGUGAUUUCUACAAAUCCCUUACAAAUGACUGGGAAGAUCAUUUGGCUGUGAAACACUUCUCAGUAGAGGGCCAGCUUGAGUUCAGAGCACUAUUAUUUGUUCCACGACGUGCUCCAUUUGACCUGUUUGAGAACAAGAAACGCAAAAACAACAUUAAGCUGUAUGUUCGCAGAGUAUUUAUCAUGGACAACUGUGAGGACCUUAUCCCCGAGUACUUGAACUUCAUCAAGGGAGUGGUAGACAGCGAAGAUUUGCCACUUAACAUUUCCCGUGAGAUGUUACAACAGAAUAAGAUUCUAAAGGUAAUUAGAAAGAAUUUGGUUAAGAAAUGCUUAGAAUUAUUUGAAGAACUUGCUGAAGACAAAGAGAACUAUAAGAAGUACUACGAACAGUUUAGCAAGAACCUCAAGCUUGGUAUUCAUGAAGAUUCUCAGAAUAGAUCUAAAUUAGCUGACUUACUGCGCUACAAUACAUCUGCCUCAGGAGAUGAGUCAUGUUCCUUUAAGGAGUAUGUCUCAAGAAUGAAGGAGAACCAAAAACACAUCUACUAUAUCACUGGUGAAAAUAAAGACCAGGUAGCCAACUCUUCAUUUGUUGAAAGGGUCAAGAAGCGUGGAUAUGAAGUUGUCUACAUGACUGAACCUAUUGAUGAGUAUGUUGUACAACAGUUGAAGGAAUAUGAUGGCAAGUCUCUGGUAUCAGUCACCAAGGAGGGACUUGAACUGCCAGAGGAUGAGGAGGAAAAGAAGAAGCGGGAGGAAGACAAAGUCAAAUUUGAGGGCCUUUGCAAAGUAAUGAAGAACAUCUUAGACAACAAAGUAGAGAAAGUUGUAGUUUCAAACAGGCUUGUUGAAUCUCCAUGCUGUAUUGUCACUGCCCAAUAUGGAUGGUCGGCAAACAUGGAACGUAUCAUGAAGGCUCAAGCACUCAGGGAUACUUCAACUAUGGGUUAUAUGGCUGCAAAGAAACACCUUGAAAUCAAUCCAGAUCACUCUAUUGUUGAGACAUUAAGGCAGAAGGCGGAAGCUGACAAGAAUGAUAAAGCUGUUAAAGAUUUAGUCAUUUUGCUCUAUGAGACUGCAUUAUUAUCUUCUGGUUUCACACUUGAUGAGCCUCAGGUCCAUGCUUCUCGUAUCUACAGAAUGAUCAAACUGGGUCUUGGAAUUGAUGAGGACGAACCUAUACAGGCUGAGGAAGUUGCAGCUGGAGAAGUACCCCCACUAGAAGGUGAUGCUGAUGAUGCGUCACGUAUGGAGGAAGUAGAUUAAACUGUCCCGCCUAAAUAACCUGAUGGUUUUUUGUGAUUUUAUUUGUGUGCUGGUGUUGUACAGCCAAAGACUGAUUUAAGUUCAAAAUUCCAUUAUAUUAAAAAUGAGUAUUACACCAUA